UGCGAAUGUGUAUUACCGCCAUCUUGGAAUGUGAACAAAAAGCAGAAAAAUCGAAACAUUGACAGAAAAAUCGCGUCAAAUCGAAAUCGAAUUCACACGGAGUGCAUUUUUUUAUUGGAUAUAGGGAAAACAAUAAUAUCUCAACGCUAAUAACUUCUCGCGGUAGAAAUUUUGGAUGUUUUGCAGACUAUGUCUGAAUACCGUCUGUACAAUAGAUUUACAUAGCUAUGGCUGCGACGAGAAAGUUGCAAGGAGAAAUAGAUAGAUGUCUCAAAAAGGUAACGGAAGGCGUUGAAACAUUCGAGGAUAUUUGGCAAAAAGUUCACAAUGCGACAAAUAGCAAUCAGAAGGAAAAGUAUGAAGCCGACCUCAAAAAGGAAAUCAAAAAGCUGCAACGGCUCCGCGAUCAGAUUAAAUCAUGGAUCGCGUCCGCCGAAAUCAAGGACAAAAGUGCCCUCCUAGAAAAUCGACGUCUUAUUGAAACUCAAAUGGAAAGAUUCAAAGUUGUUGAACGGGAAACAAAAACAAAGGCAUAUUCAAAAGAAGGUUUAGGAGCGGCACAAAAACUUGAUCCUGCGCAACGAGUGAAAGAUGAGAUACGAACAUGGAUAACGCAAUCGAUUAACUUGCUGCAAAUACAAAUAGAUCAGUAUGAAAGCGAGGUGGAAUCGUUACUAGCGGGUAAGAAAAAACGCUUGGACCGUGAUAAACAAGAACGCAUGGAUGAACUGCGCGGGAAACUCGACAGACAUAAAUUCCACAUAACAAAACUUGAAACAAUAUUAAGAUUGCUGGAUAAUGAUGGCGUGGAAGUUGACCAGAUUCGUCGGAUUAAAGAUGACGUAGAAUACUAUAUAGAAUCCUCGCAAGAUCCCGACUUUGAAGAGAAUGAGUACAUCUAUGACGAUAUAAUUGGUUUAGAUGACGUCGAACUUUCUGGAACUGGUAUAUCAUUAGGAAUUCCAUCGUCGGCAACAACAGACAGUAAUAAUAGUAACGAAACUGGCGGAUCGCCUAGCAGUUUAGCGUCAGGCACUAGUCCAGUGCAAUCACCUGCUACACUUAAUUGCAGUAAUGCAAACAACUUGAAUUACAGCAGUGACUCAACAUCGGUAGAAUUCACAGCAGCUGACAAACGAAACAAAAAUGAAAAUAUUGCCAGUAGUAAGGUAAAGCCUGUUAAACCGACAGCCAUUCGAGCGAACAACAAAGCGGAUGCUAAUUCAAACUCGUCGAGUACGAACAGUUCUGGAUCGACGACGCAAAAUAAGAUAAUUAGUUCAACGCCUAGUAAAAACCAAUCUCAUACUGCAAACUCGUCAAAUUCGACAACGUCGGUGAUAAAUAACCAGCAAGCGACUGCGAAUAGCAUUAGUUCGAACGCAACAGGAACAAAUGUUCAGGCCCAAUCUGUGAUCCAAUCGACACCGCCAAUUGCAUUUGCCGCUGUCGCGAAAAAUAACACAUCACAUCUCGAGAGUGAUCAUCAUCAGCAGAAUUCCUCCUUUACAUUGGCAGCGUCAGCAGUUGGCUCGCAACUACCUUCAGUGAAUAGUUUACAGCAAAACUCAUCCGUGUCGAGUUCGCAACAAUCCAAUUCUGUACAUCCGUCAUCGAAUGGUGCCACGAACGCUAUUCCUGUAUCUGCAUCCAUAAUGCAUGUGCAUCCAAAUGUUUCUGUUGUUCCAUCCCCGGGAAUAACUACUGCCUCGUCGAUAACAGAUUCAUCAUCGUCCUCUUCUUUGAGCACUUCCAAUAGCAACAGCAACAACGUCAUCGUAAACAGUAAUAGUAAUAACGUGACAAAUUCGACAAGUGGAACAAGUAACACAAAUGCUCUAGUGAACUGUGUGUCGCCGAGCAGUAAUUCGGUGGCGAACAGUAGCCGAACCUCACCGAUCCCGAUUUCACCGAAACAAAUCAAUGGUCCCGCAAAUCUUAAAUGCGUACCAACGAUCGGUGGUUCUAACAGUGCUAGUGAAGCAAUGUCAACGCUGAAAACGAUAGCACAGGAAGCGAUCAAUCGGGCCUCUGUCGAUACAAAUCUUCUAACUUCGAGCGGUAAUGCAGAAGCGACAAGGCAACAACAAUUACAACAACAACAAUCAGCUGUUGUUGCUGCAGCCGCUCAGCAUUUUUCUUCGGCCGUAACGGACGCAACGUCUGGCAAUGCUGCGACGAACGGACCGACAUCUGUAUCUGGACCUGUUGUACAGAGUGCUGGUAGUGGCGGUAAAGCACCGACAAACGAAGCACAUAUACCACCGUUAUUAGGUGUUGCCCCACUGGGGCCAUCUCCAUUGCAUAAAGAGCAUCAAUUCCAAUUCCAAAUGAUGGAGGCGGCAUACUAUCAUUUACCGCAACCAUGUGAUUCAGAGAAACUGACGACUUAUUUGCAUAGACAACCGGUGCAGACGCCACUGCAUUAUCCACAAACACAACUUCCGCAUUCAGAUACCGUUGAAUUUUUCCAACGUUUAUCAACCGAAACAUUAUUCUUUGUAUUUUACUAUAUGGAAGGAACCAAAGCGCAAUAUCUAGCAGCGAAAGCGUUGAAAAAACAAAGUUGGCGUUUCCAUACAAAGUAUAUGAUGUGGUUUCAACGACAUGAAGAACCUAAAAUUAUAAACGACGACUACGAACAAGGUACAUACAUUUACUUCGAUUACGAGAAAUGGGGUCAGAGGAAAAAGGAAGGUUUUACUUUCGAAUACAAGUACUUAGAAGACAAAGAUUUGAAUUGAUGACUUGCAUAGCAAACAACAGCAGAGAACCUGAUAAUGGUAAAGCCAUGAUUAUGGUUAUGAUUUUGAUGAUAAACAACAGCAACAAGAAAAGUGAGAAAUAGUUGACUAUGGAUUAACUUUAUUUUUCUUUGAUUUUCUUAAAAGAAUGAAAAUGGAAAAUGAAUAGUAAAAAGAAAAAUAAAAUUGUAAUUACAUUUUAAACAAAGCAGUAGCAAACGACUCCUUCCUUUCCACAAAACAAAACUGUCUGCUAAAUUUGAAGCCGCCUUCCUUUCAAUAGAGUGGAACAAUAGAUGCAAUGGAUCAUAGAUAGUAACGUCCCUUAUUUUAACUACAACAUCAUCGACUCUAAAGCAAUAGAUGAAAGAUGUAAGUUUGCUCCAAUUUGAUGCAAUAGCGUAAACCGUACUUGUUCUCCUAAACAAGCGAACUAUGACAACAAAAUGUUCUCAACGAAAUGUUUGCAAAAACUCUGAACCAGAUCAAAUCCAACAAUAAGAAGAAAAUGCAACCCAACUAGUGAAAACAAUGCUUCAAUACUUAGUCCAACCAAGUAAUUAAGCAAUCUGACGACGUCGAUGGCACCAAUUAGCAAAGCUUUUGCAAAGAACUAGCCUCGAAAUGAGACAGAGAGAAAGAAGGUCUUUAUAAUUGUAUGAAAGAAACGAUAUCUUCGCCACAUGGAAACUAAGAUCAUAAGUGGAAUUCUUUUUUAAGUACAUGCAAAAUGAAAAAAAAAAAUAUAUAUACAAAAAAUAAAAAUCAAAUCAUUCAUUCAUUUCUUUUUUUAUAAUAAAAUUUAUUUAAAAAAUGA